AUGGGGGAAAAAAAGCAAGAGCUGGAGUUGCUGCUAUCAUCUCUGGCAGUGCAGAUUUGUAGGAAAUCAAUAUCGGAGCUUAAACAGUUUCAAGACAUACCGAGUUACCAAUCACCUAGUACUAGAGACGCGUCAAAAAGAAAACACAGAAGCUGCAUUAUGAAGUUGAACGGAAAGAAGAAGACAAGUCUCACAACUUGUGUGCCUGUACGUUAUCGGUAUACUGCAAGAACACGGGAGGACAACUUACAUUGGGUGUUGAAAGCACAUCAUCAUAUGGAUCAGGAAAAAACGACAACUGAAACUAUGACCCAUGAAUUUUUGGAACUUAUAGUUGACAGAGCCAUGGCCCGCAACCUAAAGUGCCUUCAAAGUCCAAUAAUGGAUGAUGUGACGGCGGCAGGCAUAGAUACAGACAAGAAAACAAAAUAA